GGCCGCCCGCGCCCGACUGGCGGAAGAAGCUCGAGCGGCGGCCGUGGGGUCGACUGGCGGUUCGCGGCUCUGGAUUACUGGCUGCCGCGCUCCUCCUCCUUCCCAGACCCAGACCAGUGCUGGCACCAUGUCGGCCUACCCUAAAAGCUACAACCCGUUCGACGAUGAUGCGGAGGACGAGGACGCCCGGCCAGCCCCAUGGGAAGACGCCCGCGACCUCCCCGACGGGCCCGCGGACAGGUCGAAGUACCUGCGGCAGGAGAUGCUGCGCAGGGCCGAGGCUACAGCCGACAGCACUAGCAGGUCGUUGUCCCUCGUGUACGAAUCCGAGAAGAUCGGGGUCGCCUCUUCCGAGGAACUCGUCCGUCAGCGAGGAGUCUUAGAACGCACAGAGAAGAUGGUGGACAAGAUGGAUCAGGAUCUGAAAACCAGCCAGAAGCACAUCAACAGCAUUAAGAGUGUGUUUGGGGGGCUCGUUAAUUACUUCAAAUCCAAACCAGCAGAGACCUCACCUGAGCAGAAUGGCACCCUCGCCCCCCAGCCCAACAGCAGAUUGAAAGAAGCCAUAAGUAUUAGUAAAGAACAGGAGGCAAAAUACCAGGCCAGCCACCCAAACCUCAGAAAGCUGGAUAACUCAGACUCCGUCUCUGGAGGGGCUAGUUCUGCUGUGAGCACCGAUACUUAUCCGAAGAACCCACACCUUCGAGCCUAUCACCAGAAGAUUGACAGCAACCUAGAUGAGCUGUCCAUGGGACUGGGCCGUCUGAAGGACAUAGCCCUGGGGAUACAGACAGAAAUUGAGGAGCAAGACGACAUUCUUGACCGGUUGACAACCAAAGUGGACAAGUUAGAUGUCAAUAUAAAAAGCACAGAAAGAAAAGUGCGCCAACUCUAGAAAUAGGGAUUUCCACUACAUUGUGAUGAAAAGAUUUGGAAGAUCUUUUUUCAAACUCCCAAGAAAUUUCAUUUAUUAUUUUAGUACAUAAUUUAAUGUGUGUUUGCAAAUGCUAUAAUAGAGUGGAUCUUAAGAGAUUUUUGUUGUUACGAGGUGUGUGUCCCACUUUCUUUUUUAGGGCCAACACCUCUCUAAGUUCUUUUAGCUGAAUGCUUAGAGUUUUUGUCUGAGCACAAUAACCUGCCUCUGAAUAUCUUGGGCCUUUGAUUACCAUACUGGAAUGAGAAGAAAAAGUUGUAUUUUUCGCUUUAUUGAGUAUAUGGAAAGAUGUGGGCAGAAUUUCAGUCUCCUCCAUUUCUCUGUUUGCUGUAUUUCUCAUUUGUGAUUCAGAGUGUUCAGGGACUGAGUGAGCUAGUUGUUUGUGGGGGGUGGGUCCUUUCCACACCUUUGUUUAGGAGUCAUCUUUCUCACGUUCACACACACAGGAAAAGGAUUAGUGUUAGAUUCAGAGAAUAUGUUGCAUUCUUUGCUCUUUUGUUGACAGAUGUCACCUCUUCUACUCCUCUCUAUUCUUGGCAUGCAUUUUAGUACAAGGGCUUUAGACCAGCACUGCUCAGUGUGACACUUAAAAAUGUGCAGGGAAUUGGGGGAACCCCUCUUCCCCACCUCCUCUCAUGUCAAACUGUCUGUGGUUGAGAACAGAUUCUCCCCUGGCUCAAGGCUGCCUGGCUGACUGACUGAGGGUUCCUGUAGAGUUGGUAGGAAUGGAGUAUCACACAGACAUGGCCCAGCAGGAGGACUCAGUAGUCUUCUUCCACUGAGCCCUCCACCCCUCUGAGAAUCACCAUUGGCCAGGCCUCGGUAUGGUAGAAUGUUUAUUUGGUACCAGAGGUCUCCUGACCUAUCCAGAAUUCCCAUUCACUCUUUUGCACUUCUUGCAAGGUGACUUGAAUUGUCACUUGGUUCUUUGCCACCCAGUUUUAGACUGGAACUCCACAAAUGAUGCUGACUUUGUAUAGAAGGAUUUGGCUAAGAAGAAAAAAUAUAUAUAUAUAUUGUCAUUUUAACUGGCCCAGCUCAUCUUCUCCUUUCAUUUUACAAAAGGCAUCAUUUAAAAUCAUUAAUUAAAAUUGAUUUCUUUGUGUUGGUACUUCCAAUGAAUAAUUGAAUUUACAAGGUCCUUGUCCAACCAGCUGAGCUAACUGGCCAGUCCUAGGCCGUUGUCUUUUUUUUUUUUUUUUAAAUUAAUUAAAAUAUUUGGAAGAUAGGGCCAGCCCAUGGCUCACUUGGGAGAGUGUGGUGCUGAUAAUACCAAGGCCAUGGGUUCGGAUCCCUAUAUAGGGAUGGCUGGUUAGCUCACUUGGGAGAGCAUGGUGCUGACAAUACCAAGUCAAGGAUUAAGAUCCCCUUACCGGUCAUCUUUAAAAAAAAAAAAAAUAUAUAUAUAUAUAUAUAUAUAUAUAUAUAUGGAAAAGAAUGAAAGGGACUGAUUUUAAUAAGAUAGUUCAGAAACUGUAAAAUAAUAGUGUCUUUCACCUUAAAACAUGGCACUGGCCCAUGUGACCUGUUCCAUUUUGUGAUGCUUUCCUUUAGAGUCCACAUCCUAUAAACGAAAGUCCCUCAAAGUAAAGGAAACCUCUUUGAAACGCUGCAACAUAGCAAUUUGUUUGUCCCCAUCCCAUAAUGCAUGACCUUCCUAAAAAUACCGCCUCAAUGGUCAUGUUCCAGCCACCUCAGGGAUUCUGACCCACAUCAUUAUAAGUACUCCAGGGUGUGAGGACUUAAUCAAAGCUAAUCAGAUUAGACAUUUAUUUAUCAGAUCAGCUCAGCAUUGUUAUUCUCUUGAUAACUGACAGAAGGAGAAUUGUAAACAUAACACCCAGCCCAAACAAAAUGAGUUCACAGGGCUUUCAGCAAAAAGGCUGCUCAAAAGCAUGAAACCAGAGUGCAGUGGCUUGUGUGAAUGUUUCCACUCAUUCUAAUUGUUUCCAGGUUUUUCCUCUAACACCUUUUUCCAUGUAUGUCAUAAUAACUGUUUUUCUUUAUCAUCAUCAGGCAUAGACUUAAUGGAGAUUAGGCAUUAUACCUCAUGCCUAAACUUAUUUUUUCAAAUAAAUACAUGUAAAGGACACUCCAAACAUUCUCAUCAGUGGCCUUCCAUUUGCAUAAUGGGAUUAAUGAUUUAACUGAUCUGAAGCAAAAUAACAUCUUAUUUGGGCCGAGCCCUUGGCGCACUCGGGAGAGUGCGGCGCUGAGAGCGCAGCGACGCUCCCGCCGUGGGUUCGGAUCCUAUAUAGGAAUGGCUGGUGCACUCACUGGCUGAGUGCCGGUCACGAAAAAGACAAAAAAGAAAAAAAGAAAAAAUAAAUAAAUAACAUCUUAUUUUAUGUACCUUCCCUGUCUUUUGUUGGAUUGAUAAAGCCAAUUACCACUCCCUUUCCUAGUUCUUUGCUUCUACCCCAAGUAUACAGAAAGAGAGUUGCCCUUACUUUUCUGGAAAUUUGUCUUCCUGUGACACAUUAGAGGGUCUCAUAUUUUUGUCCUGUUCCUGUUCAGAUUCUCUUGUUCUAAGUCCUUGGCUGAGGGACUGUCCCUAAACUACGUGAUGGCCAGCUGCUUCUCUCUGCUGGGUCUUCCCUACCCCCACACCCACCAAGAACUGGUUGCUGAUGGUAUUUCAUAAAACAAAGUUGCUUGCAUUUUCAAGGAGAAUGAAGGGAGGCCUGAAGAAACUCCAGAAUUUUUUCACGUGAUGAUUGUGAUCAAAAAGAAAACAUUCGACCCCACUGACUAGACACAUCUCAUAGAAACACUAAAAGGUGUCAGUGCUGGAGCUGGCUGUGAAUUGGGCUUUGGUACCACAGGACGAGACCAGUGAACUCAUCCCUCUUGCCAGAUUGGGUUUGUAAAGCAGGUUUUUUUGUUUUUUUUUAAGCCAGUCAAAUUUAGUAGUGGGGGAUUAUAAGACAGAUAUUGAUUUCCACAGUUGAUCUGGAAACAAACUGUGCCUUCAAAAAAAGUGGCUUUUCUAACAUUAGGUUGGUCAUAUAUUAAGUGUGCUACUAACUUAAAAAUAAGUGCAUUCUCCUUCAGAGGAAAUCUUUUCUAACAUCCAGUAAUUCGUAACUUAACAGCAGUGGAGUUAGUUCAUGUGUGUCUUUUUUACAUUCUGCAAGAAAGGAGACCUGAAUUUAAGUCAGGUUACAAGGAAAAAAAAUGUCAGUUUUAACUUCUCAAUAGGGCUAACUGACCGGUUAGCUCAGUUGGUUAGAGCGUAGUGCUGAUAACACCGAGGUCCAGGGUUCACUCUCUGUACUGGCCAACCACCAAAAAAAAAAAAAAAAAAAUUAUUCUUUAUUGAAUAUGUAAUUUUAAGUGUACACUACAUCCAUUUAGUAAAAUCUUAUACUUUGCCUAUGUAGGCCUUUUCUGCAGAUUUUUUUUUUUUUUUUUUUUUAAAGAUGACCGGUAAGGGUAUCUUAACCCUUAACUUGGUGUUGUCAGCACCAUGCUCACCCAGUGAGCUAACCAGCCAUCGCUAUAUGGGAUCUGAACCCAUAGCCUUGGUGUUAUCAGAACCACACUCUCCCGAGUGAACCACAGGCCGGCCCUGCAGAAUUUUUAAAGUUUCUAAUUUUGUUAAACAUCUUCAGCUCUGAUGAAUGAAAUGUCUUGUGUACAAAAUGAUCAGUUAGUCAUUAUAGUGUCCAUUGUGGGAGAUGGGGUGGGAGUUUUUUUGCUCGGAAUCUGUAUCAGAACACUCUUACCCUCUAUGUCUUCAACUCAGCAAAUGACCAUAUUCCAUAAAAUAAAAUGUGAAGUUGUUUUUUAAUCAAA